AUGCCUUCUCGUCUGAACGGCCAGCCCCCAGCAAAGAAGCGGCGCUUUGAGGGUGCUGAAGAGAGGGCAGCGAUUCGACGUCUCCGCGAAAGAGCUCCACGCGACAAGAUCACCGAAGCCAACGCGACUAAUUCGCCUCUUCUCCGCUUACCAGGCGAGCUACGGAACAUAAUAUACGCCUACGUGUUCGGCGACAACAAGUGGACGUUCACCGGCUGGACGACACCAAGGAACUCAGCCAAAGAGAACGACUUAGCGCGGGAGAAGUUCGAGUAG